AUGGGCGGAGCUCCCGGGAGAUCAAACGGGUGCGAUACCUGCGUGAGGCGCAAAGUCAAGUGUGAUCUUCAACGGCCCCAAUGCGCCCGCUGUCUCCGCGGUGGUCAUCGCUGUGGAGGCUAUGAGCGGACGCGAAAGUUCAUCCACACUUUCGCAGAGCCUCAGCAGGGCUUUGGGGGCAAUUCUGCACAGUACCGACGGGAGAGUACCUUGGCUGUCGUCAAUGUGAAUGCCCAGAUCCGGUCACAGCUGUUCUCGCUGUUUGUAGAUUCGUAUGUGCCUUCCCAGCCGACGGGGCGUGUUAAUUGGAGAUGCCACCGUGCAGCCAAUGUGCUCGAGGAUUUUCCGCCCUUAAUGGGCGGAGAGAAUAGCCAGUUACUCGAUCGAGCUGUGAUGGCCCUGGCUACGGGCUUUGUCGGCAGGAAAUUUGGUGAUCAGCGAUUAACUCGGCAAGGGAUCGUGCUUUAUAACAACUCUAUUCAGGCCUUUACAAAGCUCAUAUCUCGGUCCGGACUUCCAGUUCAGGAGGUCCUUUGUGCUAAUAUCGCGUUUCAAUUAUACGAAGUUAUCAACUGCACAUACGGAUUUGCAGGGUGGAUGGCACAUGUGCAAGGCGCCAAUGCCGUGAUCGCUCAUAAUUUAAGAAAUCUAGAGAACAACCAGCUGUCAUCCCUGAUGCUCAGGGAGAUGAAGCUAUCAAAUAUUUUCCAUGCUAUCGGCAAAUCGAGGUCCGCUCUUGAUUCUUUCCCAAUGUGGAAAUCAGUCUCGCCAGCAGAUGAUCAACCGAUGGAGCAGAUAAUUGAUAUCCUCAUGGAAUGCACUGGGCUCGUCGAGGACACGAGCAACAUACAAUCCGAGAACGAUGCCCGACGCAUAGUUGAGUCGGGUCAGAGGAUCAAUAAGAAAAUUGCCGAUUGGUAUGAGAGUUUCGAGACGAAUGCCUUGGGUCGUCUCUACACACGCAUGUCUACUCGAUCCGACAAAAGGCCAAACACCAGGCCUAUCUUCCCAGAGCGGUACGAAUUUGCGACCGUCGAGGUAGCAGAAUCGCACAUGCUGUACUGGGCGGCAUCUCUCAUGAUCCAAACACUUCUUUAUGAAUUUGAGCGACAACGGGAAGACUCACGGGAUGAAUAUUCACACCAAGCCAGUCAGAGCAACGUUGAGGCUCAUAGGACGUCGGCCACGUUCUUGGGCGGUGCGAAGUUCUAUGCUGGUCAGAUAUGCCACGGCGUCGGGUAUUUUCCUACAACCGCAUAUGCAUAUUCUGGGUGGGCAUAG